UGUAAUACACCAGGAUAAAACUCUUCAAGUUCCGUUAAGCACGAACAAGCCAAGUGCUGAACCACAAGAAGGUCCUCGUCCAUCAAAACAGCACUAUCAGCAGAAUCAAAUAAAAACUAUACUUAUUCCCAGAUUAUUCAAAUCCAAUGCAUGUUCACAAAAUUCCGGCAAAUUCCACACUCUCAUUUCAUUACCAUCAUCAUCGUUGCAAAUUCAACCUCACCAAUUUUGCGAAUAAUCCUCGAAUUUCUGCUCUCUUUCUCUCUCUUUCGAUUUCAUCAGCUUUUACACGAAGAACAAAGUCUACCAUGGCAAUCGCCGGAAAAAGCGGCGGCGAUGGCGGAGCUUUUACAACACUUGCAGAGAGGAUGACGUUUGAGAAAGAGAUUAAGAAGAGCAAAUUUAUUGCCAUUGCUGCUCCUGUUUACAGUGAACAAUCUGCUCAUUCCUUUCUAUCCGAGGUGCGUGAUAAUCGUGCUACUCACAAUUGCUGGGCUUAUAAGAUUGGGGAUCAGUAUCGAUCAAAUGAUGAUGGUGAACCAUCUGGCACUGCUGGCAAACCUAUAUAUUCAGCGAUUGAUACUUCGGGUGUUGAUAGAGUUAUGGUAGUUGUAAUCCGGUAUUUUGGCGGUAUCAAACUAGGUACUGGAGGGCUUGUUAGAGCUUACAGUGGGGUCACGUCUGAAUGUCUGAGAAAUGCACCAAUUCGUUUAGUUAAAUCAAAAGUUCCUAUGGGCGUAGAGGUUUCCUUUGAUCUUCUGGGGCUUCUGUACCAUCAGCUCCAAUCCUUUCAAGCAGCAGAUGUCAAGCAAGAUUAUGAAACCGGUAAAGAUGAUACAACAAUGGUGACUUUUAAGGUUGAUUUCGAUAAAGCUGACAGUCUAGAAGAUGCUAUUAAAUCUAGCUGUGGCAGAGAUAUUGUAUUUAUCAAGCAUUGAAUGACAAAGUUGAAAAUUGCAUUGCCAUUUUAUGCCUGACCAGAGAUUGCUGGUUCUGUCACAAUUCUCCUUCAGCAUGAGUUGCAAAACAGCCAUCAAGCAUCAAUGUUCUAUUUUGCCACAAGCAUCUACAAGUUGGUAUGUACUAGGUUGCUAUAUAUAUUUAUUUGAUUUUUUUUACACACUUUACCAUGAUUUUCUUGUACAUACAUUUACAUUUGACAUGAAUAAAAUUUACUACCCAUUCCCUGCC